AGGUUUGUCAAUAUCACAGGAAGGUGUUGAGUUACUGGCUCUAGUUCCAUACUUGCUGGACGACUGUGUUUGAGAGACAGGAUAGUGCUGUUGCCUUCUGGUUGAUGUACAGAGUAUAUCAGUGGUUGACACAGACAGAGGACCAAGCAGGGCCCUCCAAUAUGGCUGAGGAUGGUAAAGACAAGGUGACUUUUGACCUUGGAGAAUCAACAGCGAACGAUGAUGCUGGCUCUUCAGUGGAUGAACAAGAGCAACCAGAGUCGGAGAGAAGAGAUUCUGUUUCGGAAAUUAUAAGAAGGAAGCCAUCCGAUGGUGAUAGCGCCCGUGACUCGGACUCAUCCUUCUUCUCCAGCCCUGAUGCACACAGUCCCAGAGCCCAGAUGAGGCAUACAAUGUCCGGGAUCACUCUGGACACGACGCGGGGGAAGAGGCAGUAUUUGAAAGACUUCUGUGUUGCCACACCGGAGGAGUAUGUGAAGCGCUUUGGUGGCAACCGAGUCAUUAACAAGGUUCUGAUUGCCAACAAUGGUAUUGCUGCUGUGAAGUGUAUGAGAUCUGUACGGAGGUGGGCGUACGAGAUGUUCCGGAAUGAGCGGGCCAUUCGUUUCGUGGUAAUGGUCACACCAGAAGAUCUCAAGGCUAAUGCUGAAUACAUCCGAAUGGCAGACCAGUACAUACCUGUGUCUGGUGGCACCAACAACAACAACUACGCCAAUGUGGAACUCAUCCUCGACAUCUCGAAGAGAACACAGGUUCAGGCUGUGUGGGCAGGAUGGGGCCAUGCCUCUGAAAACCCCAAGCUUCCAGACUUACUCCACAAAAAUGGGAUCGCAUUCAUAGGUCCCCCGGAGAUGGCUAUGUGGUCUUUGGGAGACAAGAUCGCCUCCUCCAUUGUGGCCCAGACAGCUGGAGUGCCCACCCUACCCUGGAGUGGCUCAGGUGUCUUGCUGAAGAUUGCGGAGAAGGACAUGUCCAAGCUCAGGCAGGUGGUUGUACCCAACGACCUCUACAAGAAGGGCUGCACACCAGACGUGGAGUCUGGCCUCAAGUCGGCCAAUGUCAUCGGCUUCCCUGUUAUGAUCAAGGCUUCGGAGGGUGGUGGAGGCAAGGGCAUCAGGAGAGCUGACAAUGCAGAUGACUUCCCAAAUCUCUUCAGACAGGUGCAAGCAGAGGUUCCAGGUUCCCCAAUUUUCAUCAUGAAGUUGGCGUCUGCUGCCCGGCAUCUUGAGGUCCAACUUCUGGCAGACAAUUAUGGUAACGCCAUCUCACUGUUUGGCCGGGACUGUUCCAUACAGCGGAGGCCAAAGAUCAUCGAGGAAGCACCAGUUGUCAUUGCAAAAUCUGACAUCUUUGAGAGAAUGGAGAAGGCUGCUGUGACGCUGGCCAAGAUGGUUGGCUAUGUGAGUGCCGGCACCGUGGAGUACCUGUACAAUGCGGAACAGGAUGAGUUCUUCUUCCUGGAGCUGAACCCCAGACUGCAGGUGGAGCAUCCCUGCACUGAGAUGGUGGCAGACAUCAACCUCCCCGCCGCCCAGCUACAGGUUGCGAUGGGUCUGCCACUUCAUCGUAUCAAAGACAUCCGUGUUUUGUACGGCGAAGACCCAUGGGGAGAGACAGCCAUUGACUUCGAGAGCCCACGAGCUAAACCCCAUCCUAGAGGUCAUGUGAUUGCUGCCAGAAUCACCAGCGAGAACCCUGAUGAAGGCUUCAAGCCCAGCUGUACCGUCCAGGAGCUCAACUUCCGCAGCAACAAGAACGUGUGGGGAUAUUUCAGUGUGGCAGCAUCUGGAGGUCUUCACGAGUUUGCAGACUCCCAGUUCGGCCACUGCUUCUCUUGGGGAGAGGACCGAGAAGAUGCUAGAGAGAAUCUGGUGGUUGCCCUGAAGGAGUUGUCAAUCCGUGGAGAUUUCCGCACAACGGUGGAGUACCUCAUCAAACUGCUGGAGACGGAGUCCUUCCAAGGCAACACCAUCACCACAGCCUGGCUGGACAAACUCAUCUCGGAGAAGGUUCAGGCUGAGAAGCCAGACACCAUGUUGGGGGUCAUCUGUGGGGCAUUGCACAUUGCCGACCAGAGGAUCCUUGGCAGCUUCCAGGACUUCCAGACUUCACUGGAGAGAGGCCAGAUCUUGCCAUCAUCAUCUUUAAAGAACAUUGCUGAUGUCGAGUUCAUUAUGGAAGGUGUCAAGUACGUCUUGCAGGUGAUCAAGACCGGCAUCAGCAGCUACUUCCUGUGCAUGAACAACUCCGUCUUGGAUGUCGAGGCACAUCGUCUGUCUGAUGGCGGCCUGCUUCUGUCCGUGGAUGGGUCCAGCCACACAACCUACAUGAAGGACCAAGUCAGCAGCUACCGUGUCACCAUCGGCAACAAGACCUGUGUCCUGCACCGGGAGAACGACCCCACAGUGCUCAGAUCACCAUCUGCUGGCAAGUUGAUCAACUACAUCGUGGAGGAUGGAGGUCACGUGUUUGCAGGGGACGCGUACGCUGAGAUUGAGGUGAUGAAGAUGGUGAUGGAACUACGUGCCACCGAGAGUGGAUGCAUUCACUACGUGAAGCGUCAGGCAGCAGUGCUGGACCCAGGUGUGAUUGUGGCUCGCAUGCAGCUGGACGACCCAAGCAGAGUACAACAAGUAUUUGUUUACGGGACACUGCCGACCCCCCAGAAUCCUACGCUGCAUGGCGACCGCCUCCACCAGGUGUUCCAGCGGGCCCGCAUACAGCUGGAGAACAUCAUGGCAGGAUACGUUCUCCCCGAACCUUACUUCAAAGAGAGGCUGAUGGCCAAUUUGGAGUGCAUUAUGAAAUGUCUAAAGGAACCUUCUCUACCGCUGCUUGAGCUGCAGGACUUGAUUUCCAUGAUCUCUGGGAGAAUUCCUGCCAAAGUGGAGAAGUCGAUGCGGAGGCUGAUGGCUUCCUAUGCAAGCAAUAUCACGUCCGUCCUGUGUCAGUUUCCUAGUCAGCAGAUUGCCAACGUUAUUGACAGCUAUGCUGCUACACUGACGAAACGAACAGAGAGAGAUGUUUUCUUCAUGACAACUCAGGGUAUCGUGCAGCUUGUCCAGAGGUAUCGCAGUGGUAUUCGAGGUCACCUCAAGUCUGUUGUGCAGGAUCUCCUCCGCCAGUACCUCAGGGUAGAGCUACAGUUUCAGCAGGGUCACUACGACAAGUGUGUCUACCAGCUGCGAGAGAAGAACAAAGAUGACAUGGCCACCGUUGUUGCCACAAUCUUCUCCCAUCUUGCUGUCCAGCAGAAGAACAACCUCGUCAUCAUGCUCAUUGACCACCUGUGUGGGAAGGAGCCAGGGGUCACAGAUGAGAUGGCAUCCAUCUUGAAUGACCUCACACAACUCAACAAGAAGGAAAAUGCCAAGGUUGCCCUCCGAGGCAGACAGGUUCUGAUUGCUGCCCACCAGCCACCUUACGAGCUUCGUCAUAACCAGAUGGAGUCCAUCUUCCUCUCCGCCAUCGACAUCUACGGCCAUGAGUUUUGUCCAGAGAACCUCCAGGUGAUGUGCCUUAAUGAUUUCAAGAGGGUCUCAAACGUAAAGAAACUGAUCAACUCGGAGACCGCCAUCUAUGAUGUUCUGCAGGAGUUCUUCUUUCACAGCAAUGACUUGGUGAAGAGUGCUGCCCUGGAGGUAUAUGUCCGCCGUGCCUACAUCGCCUACGAGCUGCACUGCCUCCAACACUGUAUGCUGGAGGAUGGGCUGAGAGUGGUGGAGUUCAGGUUUCUCCUGCCGAGGUCACAUCCUAACAGGUUGAUGGUGACUCGCUUCGAGAGUUCAUUGAUGCGAGUGCCAAGUGAGGACGAGGACGUCUCUCUUGCCAAUGAACUAGUAGAGGAGAUCCCCAUCUGUCAGAGGAUGGGUGUCAUGGCUGCCUUCGCCUCAUUUUCAGAUUUCCAAAAGAAUUUCGACAAGUUGAUCGAGAGCUUCUCCCUCGACACACCCCCAGCGAGCCCACUGUUGUCAGAACACUGCUUCCUCAAUGCUGAAGAUUCCACAUCUGUACAUAGUAUGUCGGACGUGGACGACCCCAUCCACAUCAUCAACGUGGCCAUCAGCUGCCACUCCCAGAUGGAGGACGACGAGCUGGCGAAUCAGUUCCAUCUCUUCUGCCGGGAGAAGGCACAAAUGAUGUACGAUCGUGGUAUCCGCCGAGUCACCUUCGUUGUACUACAUAAGAGGACAGUACCUAAAUACUUCACCUUCAGAGCCAAGUUUGAGUUCCAGGAGGAUCGCAUCUACCGUCACUUGGAACCAGCGCUGGCCUUCCAGCUCGAGAUCAACAGACUCCGCAACUUUGACCUCGAGGCCAUCCCUACCGCCAACUAUAUGAUGCAUCUCUACCUCGGCAAGGCCAAGGUGGCCAAGGGGCAGGAGGUCACGGACUAUCGUGUAUUUGUGAGGUCUAUCAUCAGACACUCCGACCUCGUCACAAAGGAAGCUUCUUUUGAGUACCUGCAAAAUGAAGGGGAGAGAACUCUGUUGGAAGCAAUGGACUCAUUAGAAGUGGCUUUCUCCCAUCCUCAGUCCAAGAAGACUGAUUGUAAUCACAUCUUCCUCAACUUUGUACCAACUCUGACACUCACAGAGCCAGGAAAGUUGGAGGAGACGGUGAGGAGCAUGGUGAUGAGGUAUGGCAGUCGGCUGUUGAAGAUGAGAGUGCUGCACGCAGAACUCAAGUUUACCAUCAGACUUACCACCAAUGGAACAAGUUUCCCAAUCCGGUUGUUCCUGACCAAUGAGAGUGGUUACUACCUGGAUAUAAGUCUGUACCGCGAGGUGACGGAUCCCCGCACGGGCCAGGUGAUGUUCCAGGCAUAUGGUGCCGUGCAGGGGCCACUUCAUGGACUCCUCAUCAGCACCCCCUACCUCACCAAGGACCAUCUGCAACUCAAACGCUUCCAGGCACAGUCAAUGGGCACCACCUACGUCUAUGAUUUCCCGGAGAUGUUCCGACAGUCCCUGAUGAAGCUGUGGAAGGAGCACUAUCAGCGCAAUCAUCUGACGCCUAAAGACAUGCCCACCGACGCCGUCACUUCCACAGAACUGGUCCUCGACAGUCAUGGCAACCUGUGCAUGCAGAAGAGGCUUCCAGGGGAGAAUGAGAAUGGUAUGGUGGCAUGGAAGAUGACCUUGAAGACGCCAGAGUUCCAGGACGGCCGAGAUAUUAUUGUCAUUUCCAACGACAUGACCCACAAGAUUGGAUCAUUUGGUCCACAAGAAGACGUGCUGUUCAAGAAAGCAUCCGAGUUAUCCAGGAAGCUGGGCAUUCCCCGUAUCUACCUGUCUGCCAACAGUGGUGCACGUAUUGGCCUGGCUGAGGAGAUCAAGCACCUGUUCCGUGUUGCAUGGGUGGAUCCCAAAGAUCCCAACAAGGGUUUCAAGUAUUUGUACCUGCGUCCUGACGACUUCAAGAAAGUCAGUGCCAUGAACUCCGUGAGAGCAGAGCUGAUAGAGGAUCAGGGAGAAUCUCGAUACAAGCUCACAGAUGUAAUAGGUAAGGAUGAUGGUCUGGGUGUGGAGAACCUGAGAGGGUCAGGUAUGAUUGCUGGGGAAACCUCCACAGCCUACAAUGAGGUCAUCACCAUCAACCUCGUCACUUGUAGAGCCAUUGGUAUCGGUGCUUACCUAGUGAGACUUGGACAGAGGAUCAUUCAGGUGGAGAACUCCCAUAUCAUCCUCACAGGAGCUGGGGCACUCAAUAAGGUACUGGGGCGAGAAGUGUACACAAGCAACAACCAGCUUGGUGGCAUACAGAUCAUGCACAACAAUGGAGUCUCCCAUGAUGUGGUGCCGGAUGACUUCGAGGGCUGCUGUAAAAUUCUCCAGUGGCUCUCCUACAUGCCUCUGAAAACAAACGGACCUCUACCAAUAAUUCCGUCCUAUGACCCAGUAGACAGAGAUGUGAGCUUUGUUCCAACUAAGGCCCCAUAUGAUGUACGGUGGAUGCUGUCAGGCCGAAUGAAUCCAGAGACACGCGAGUGGCAGAGUGGCUUCUUUGACAAAGAUUCCUUCAUGGAGAUUCUCAACCCAUGGGCUCAAACAGUAGUCGUUGGCAGGGCCAGACUGGGAGGUAUUCCUGUUGGUGUCGUGAGUGUGGAGACUCGGUCCGUGGAGGUCGUCGUCCCAGCUGAUCCGGCUAACCUCGACUCAGAAUCUAAGGCAACACAACAAGCCGGGCAGGUGUGGUUCCCUGACUCCGCCUUCAAGACAGCCCAGGCCAUCAAGGACUUCAACCGUGAGCAGCUGCCUCUCAUCAUCUUCGCCAACUGGAGAGGAUUCUCGGGGGGCAUGAAAGACAUGUACGACCAAGUCCUCAAGUUUGGAUCUUACAUCGUGGAUGGACUAGUGGACUACAAGCAGCCUAUCUUAAUCUACAUCCCUCCCUAUGCUGAACUGAGGGGCGGGGCAUGGGUGGUGGUCGACCCCACCAUCAACCCCACCCACAUGGAGAUGUUUGCCGACCAGCUGUCCAGAGGUGGGGUGUUGGAGCCAGAAGGUACAGUGGAGAUCAAGUUCCGGCGGAAGGACCUGGAGAAGGCGAUGCGGCGCCUGGACCCGGUCGUGCGGCAGCUGGUGGAAGACCUUGGGGACCCCAACCUUGCUGAGGAGAAGAAGGUGGAGCUGGAGGCCAACCUGGCCAAGAGGGAGGAGAGUCUCCUCUCCAUCUACCACACGGUCGCUGUGCAGUUCGCAGACCUCCACGACACUCCGGGACGUAUGGAGGAGAAGGGGGUCAUCUCGGCUAUCCUCAAGUGGGAACGUAGUCGUGAGUUCUUCUACUGGCGACUGCGGCGGCGUCUCCUGGAGAACGAGGUCAAGAAGAAGUUACGCCAGUUCACCAAGGACUCGAGUGAGGCCCAGUUGGACUCCAUGCUUGGACGGUGGUUUGUGGAGGACCAAGGCACAGUCAAUGGAUAUCUGUACGAGGACGAUGAGGCGGCUGUGGAGUGGCUGGUGAACCAGCUGGACGAGACACAAGAGAAGAACACUGUGCUGGAGAACAUCCGAUGUCUACAGAGAGACCAUGUGUUGCAGCAAGUCCGGAGUUUGAUCCAGGACAACCCGGAGGUGGCUAUGGACUCAAUCGUCCACAUCACACAGCACAUGACACAGACACAGCGUGCUGAGAUCUCUCACAUCCUUGCCAACAUGGAGACGUAGAGACCCUCCAGAUGGCGCUACAGGCGAGGAUGGUAAACGACAGGUGGCUCUGUCCGAUUUUGGUUGAAGAAUAGAGAUCUCGUGGGACUACACAAUCUGUGUUCAGACAAACUCAUCACUUAUCAUGCUUGUGUUUGUGAUUUCAAGUUCAAACUGAAUCAUAUUUUAUGAUGAGAAAAGUGGAUUCAUGUUUGGCAAGAUACCUCAGGACUGACUUAUAGAAAAUGUUGAAGUUAUGUUGGAAUAUGAUGUGACUCCGUCAUGAGAUGAAAUGUAACGUGAUUUAAUCCUUCAUGACACGUGUAGUGCAUUUAAUAGGGUUACCAUAUUACCAUGUCAAAUACAUUUGUCGUAAAUAUUUCACCAAAAUAUUUUCAACUCGUGAGCAAAUUAUUGUCACUAGAAAGAUAUUCAUACUAGUGGUAUACACACCUCAUCCAGCUAGUGCUGCCACUACUCAACACUACUCCAUUUUGAACAGAUAGUCUCAGUUGGGUGGGUUCAGAUUGUAUAUGUUGUCAUUGUACAGUGGCCUUAAGCAGAGGGACGGUGGGGUAGCCUAGUGGUUAAAGUGUUCGCUCGUCAUCAGCCAAAAGAUCCAGGUUCGAUUCCCCACAUGGGUACAAUGUGUGAAACCCAUUUCUGUGUCCACCGCCAUGAUAUUGCUGGAAUAUUGCUGAAAGUGGCGUUAAACUAAACUCAUUCAGAUAAACAGAUGGCUACACACCUGGGUGUCAAUGUGUUUUUACAGAAUGGAAUGCUGCAUGUUCAAAACUUAUUCAAAGAUUGUUCAAAGAUAUACCACAAGAGAUAUAUUAUACUGUUUCAAGAUUGACCUAUGUAUUUGCAUCUGAUCAAAAUUGUUUGAAAUGAAAUUUUGUACAAUAUUUGAAACUACUUGUUUGUUGCUGAUACUACUUAUUUCUUUUCUUGAAGUGUAUAUAUUGAACAAAACUAAAAUGUACAGAGCAGGAUUAUUUAUUGCUGAUUUGUGAGUAAUUACGUGUUAAGUUAUACAACCUAGUUGUGCAUUUACAUUGCACUGUUGCGGUGUGUGUUUCGUUGUACUGAAGUUUGGCAUUAAUGAAUGAGUGUCCGUUGGGUGAACUUGUUGAUGUUCAGCUGAAGUGGAUGGCAGUUCUUCUGUUGCAGUGGUUUCAUUCAGAGGAUUUGUUUUGUAUAUGUGUGUGUGCAUCAGUUGUCAGGAAAUACAUUGUUUGCUGUGAAAGGAUGCAUUUUGAAAUUAGAAUUUGUUUUUGACUUUACAUGUUUGCCCGACAUCUAGAAGUUCCUUAGAUACAAGACCAUGUAUUAGGUAGACUUCUUUCUACCUGUAUGAGAGUACUGUCAUUACAAUAAUUGACAGAAUUUGGUUUUGAAUGUGUAUCCAUGACUACCAGUACAUCAAAUACCAUGCAUUUAGUGGAGUCUGUGAGAUGACCUGAAUGAUUGUCUCCCAUUGUUGUGCCAGGAUGCAAGGAUGUUGGG